AGGGAAUUUCCCUUAUAUGGGCGUGGCACUCGCCGGCCGAGGUCCAAUUGUGAAUUUGAACUCUCUCCCUCUCUCAGACUCUUGCCGAUCCCCCGGCGAUCUCGAUGGUGAUCUCGAGCCGGAGAGAGUCGUAUUUUGAAGGGAAAAAAAAAUCUUCUCCUGGAAUCUUCUGUUCACCAUAUAGGCGGGAAUCCGCGAUUUAUGUUUGCAGUCCGUCAGAAGAUAUAUCCAACAACUUCAGCCCCUUGUUUUGUGGUGUAUUGUAUUUGAUUUAGCGGGAUUCCCCCACCUUAAUCAGCGGCCGUGGGCGCGGCGCCCGGCGCGGUUGGUGAUAUCACCAAGCCGUAUACCGUACGUGUGAUUCUGUGAACUUUAAUAGCGCCAGUAAAUGCAGCCCAGGGCAGGCCCAUGCAGCUGAGCUAAAGUCAAGACAAAGAAAAUAGAGGAGAGAUAUUUUUAGCUGAUUAAACCUGGGAAAGAGAUGACAGUCUGUUCACAUGACUCGGAAUGAGUUCGAUGCACCCCCACCUAAAAUAACAAGAUUUUCAAGACUUCAGAAUGGAAAAGAUACUGAAAGAUGCUGUUGGGGCUACAACAAUCAAAUCAAUGGGUAGAGCUGGAGGAGGGUGUAUCAGCGAUGGACAGAGCUAUGACACAGACAAGGGAAAAUUCUUUGUUAAAAUCAAUGAACAGAGUGGGGCAAGACAGAUGUUUGAUGGUGAGAAGGCAAGUCUUGAUGCUAUUCUAGCUACUGAGACCAUCAAGGUUCCAAGACCUGGACCAGUCCUGGACCAUCCUUCGGGAACUGGAGCUAUAUUCAUCAUGGAAUAUCUGGAUCUUCAAGGUCUUGGGAAACAUUCUGCGGCUCUUGGUGAGCAAUUAGCCAGAUUGCAUCUACACAACAUUGAACUGGGUAAGAGAGCCAGGAAAGUUGAAGGUCGGAUAGGAGCACAUACAUCAGAAGGUUUCAUCAAUCAGUAUGGUUUUCAAACUCCCACCUGCUGUGGUUAUCUACCUCUUGAUAAUACAUGGAGUGAUGACUGGGUGAGCUUUUAUACCCAGCAACGCCUCAAGAUGCAGAUUGACAUGUUAGAGAAGAAGAGCAGUGACAAGGAAUUGAGAGAGAUGUGGCCUCUCCUUGAGAAAAGAAUACCAAAGUUAUUUGAAGGAUCAGAGAUCACUCCGUCUCUACUGCAUGGUGAUCUAUGGGGUGGUAAUGCAGGCCAGCUAGAAUCAUGUCCAGUGGUUUAUGACCCAGCUAGUUUCUAUGGCCACCAUGAGUUUGACUUGUCUAUAGGAGCUAUGUUUCACUCUUUCAGUCAAGCCUUUCAUAAAGCCUACCACAAACUCAUCCCUAAGGCUACUGGCUUUGAAGGGAGAGAGAAACUCUAUCUGCUCUUCCAUCAUCUAAACCACUGGAAUCAUUUUGGAUCAAGCUACAGAGGUUCUUCAUUAUCUAUCAUGAGGGGUCUUGUAAAAGAUUGAUCAAACCAUGUACAGAGGUGCUUCAUUAUCUAUCAUGAGGGAUCUCCUAAAAGAUUGAUCAAACCAUGUUCUGUUAUCCUACUUGCAUCCUUAGACUGCCAUUACUUACACCUGCAAUUUACCCACAUUGUGAGGGUCGGCGUCAGUAAAUGUAAAAAUUUAAUUUAAACAUUGAACCAGUUGGUGACAGAUCUUAAAAAGUGGGUACCUAAUGCUCCAGUUCUUCACCAUGUUUUUUUUUAAGUGCCAAAUUAUCUUAUUAAAAAGAAUAAGUGAAGAUGUGCUCAACAAUCAGCCCCCUUUAGUCAGUUUUAUGGUACCCCAAUUUCAACACUACUUUAUGCUCCCCAUAAAUUUCUACUUGAUUCACUACAAAUUUGUAUUUGGUAUGAACAGAAGUAGUGAGAUAGCUUUCGUUCAGAAAUUAUAUUCAUUUCCCCUGCAUUUGAUCCUCUGAUAUCAUUGUAGUUUCUUGAUAAGUUAUUGAAUUGCUUUCUGUGAUUACAAAACAUUUUUUUUUAAAUGAUGUGUUCAUGAUUGAUACCACAAAAAGUAAAAUUACACGUUUUGAAUAAAAUCAUCACAAAUUAAGAUUUGUUGGUGCAAAAUGUGAACUUGGGUUUACAGUCAUGAAUGCUUUUUCUGUUCAUUUUAUUUUGUGCUUCAAUGUAUAUGUGGCAAAUAGAGUUUAUGUGCCUGUUACUAAAUGUAAAGCUUGAGUUACUAACUCAGCUAUGAUAAUUUACAUUCUUGCCUAUGUUUAUUUGUAAUUCCAAUUGUAACUUGAAUUUGUUUUUAUAUUACUGAUUAUUAAGAGUAAGUUUCAUCUAUCUCUAUCAUAUUCAAUUAAGGUUACAGGACUUUCAUCAUGUGGUCUAUUAUUGAAGUCUGAUCUCAUUGAAUGGUGUUGAUUUUAAACAAUUUUACUUGAAAAAAGGCAAUCAAUUUCCUUAAGGCUUAUAGUAGAAAGCAAUCGCUUAGAUACUCCUGAAUAUUUUUCAUUUAAGUCAAGCCUUUGUAAAAUAUAGUCAGUGUUUGUAUAAUGUACUUUAUAUGACAACUCUGUUCUAUGAAAAUGGUUAUAUUGUCUGAAAUUCAUUAAAUAUGCCAUGGUUGCAUACCACAAUGUUAUGUUGGAAUGAGCAAGUUCAGAUGAUAGUGCAGUCAAAGUAUCUAAUGGUAAAUAGGAAGAAAAGAGACCAAGCAGGUAUGCUAACUAUAAAACUAUUGGAACAUCAAGGUGUCUUUCAUCAGGAAACCUGCAGGUGUAUUUUCAUUCAUCAAACAUUUGGGAAUGUAGGAGAUGUGCUGUGGAAGACACAGUUUUGACUUUAAGGGACUGAACUUACCAAUGUCUUCAAAAUUGUGUGUUCUUUCAUUAAAUUCUUACUUUGUGAAUUAUAUUUUGAAAUGAGAAAAUGAAAGUGAGAUUUUCAAUCAUCAAUCACUUUAAUCACAUCGUGACAACUUAUUUCAGUUUUUAUUUUGUUACAGUGACUGAUUUUAUUUGAUUUAUUUGAAGCCAGGUAUUAUUUUGUGUUGAUACUUCAUUCACUAUGUAUUAUCAGCUCCCUUUAAUUAGUGAUUGGUGUAUUGACUUAAUAAACUUCUUAUUGGGAUAUUUAUUGGUAGGCCGGGUUUCAGUUGUUGAUGAUGGUAUGUGAUGUAUAUGUAGCGAAUUGUGUGCAAAACCAGGUACUGAUUCAUGGGGUGGGGCCAUAGGCCCAGAGGGCAUGAACUCUUAUUUUACCAACUGCACGAAUAGAUCUGUAGCAUUAAGUGCCUCUUGUGCCCUUCCUACUCUUGGGAUAGAUAAACAGCAAUUUUGGAGUGAUAUUUUUUCCUCUUUGCUUGUCAAACUUAAUUUCUUGCUCCCUAUCCUUGAUCCAGCCUUGUGCACUACAAAUAUGUUUUUAGAAGUCCAGUUGAUGAAAUAGCCAUUCACAAUGCAUACAAGGAUUUGGAAUAGCAUAUGAAGUGAAACAGAUGCACAGCUAAAAAGGCCAAUGUAAUUAUAAUUUGUUGAAUUUAUAUGAAUUGUGUUUCUUUUUAUUUAGGAAAAAAGAAUGCAUACACAUUCAUGUAUUCAACUAUUCAUUCUCUUUCUAUAAUCCUUUCUCCCCCUCUCGAGUCCCCCUUCUACUUCUCUUUUUCUCCCUGACACACACACCUAUGCACACACACACACACACACACACACAUCUAUAUUUAUUGCAUAUCCAGGGCCCUGUUGCAUUAUAGUUACCAUUAUGGUAACAUUGCCAUCCAAUGGUAACUUCCAUAGUAACUAUGAUCAACAGCCAAUCAGAAUCAAGGAUUCUAUGAUUGUUACCAUUGCAUGGCAAAGUUACCAUAAUGGUAACUUUUAUGCAAUGGGGCCCUGAGUAACAUAAUUUUUACCAAAAGCGAAGGUGAAUGUCAUUGUGAUCCAUUAAAAGAUUUAAUUUAAUGAAGUUCUGGAAAAAUCAAUUUACAUGUAUACAUUUUGUAAAUUUUUUUUCAAUAGAUUUGGAAAUGAUAUGAUCCCUGGCCCAUUGACCCUUUGAAGUUUGAAUAUACCUGAAAUUUGAAUGAUCAUGCAGCUGAAAUGCUUAUAUAGCAAAGAAUAAAAAAAUAUA